AUAAAAAUCAGAGAGAGAGAGAGACAGAAAAGAGAACAUAAGGAGAGGGAAAGAAGAGAGAAAGAGAGGCGACGAAAAGACCGAAUUGACCUCGGCUUUCUUUUGAAAUUACCCUUUCUUCUUCUUCUUCUUCCUCGUCGGCGUCGUCGCCGGCGUUGUUCUCGUCGUCUUCGGCAUCAACUCCGAUCUCUCUCUUUCGCUCGCCGUAGAUUCCUUUUCAUUUCUUAAACAUGAACGAGAAGGCCAGCGUUACCAAGGAGCUCAACGCCAGACACCGAAAGAUUAUUGAAAGUCUUCUUAAAUUGCCGGAGAAUAGGGAAUGCGCCGACUGCAAAGCCAAAGGUCCGAGAUGGGCAAGUGUGAAUUUAGGUAUCUUUAUAUGCAUGCAAUGUUCUGGGAUCCACAGAAGUCUUGGGGUACACAUAUCGAAGGUUCGAUCUGCUACACUAGACACAUGGCUUCCUGAGCAGGUUGCUUUUAUUCAAUCAAUGGGGAAUGAAAAGGCAAACAGUUACUGGGAAGCUGAGUUACCCCCUAAUUAUGAUAGAGUUGGAAUUGAGAACUUCAUCCGUGCAAAGUAUGAGGAAAAAAGAUGGGUUCCUAGAGAUGGAAAAUCCAAAUCACCACCUAGAAGGUUGGACGAAAGGGCUCCCUCACAUUGGCAGAGACCUAAUGAAACAAGUGGUCAUGGGCACAUUAGUAAUUCCGAGAAUUCAUUUGAGGAAAGGAGGAACAAACAAGCACUUGGUCAGAAAGAAAAUCUUCCUGCAACAAGAGUUAGUCUUCCUGUUCCUCCUAAGGGACCUGAUCAGGUUACACCCGUACAGAAGCCUGAACCAGUUGUUGCGCCAGCUGAGGCAACAAAGCCAGCUGUAGAGACUGCUCCCGUAGCCAUCGCUCCUAAAGUCGAUUAUGCUACAGACCUUUUCAACAUGCUGUCCUUGGAUGAUGGUCCAAGUGAGAAUGGUUCUGAGGCAACUUCUACUGAUGAUUGGGCAGGCUUCCAGUCUGCUGCUGGAGGGGCCUCCACAACUGACGAACCCAAUCCACCAAAACCUGCCGAAAGUAAUACCAAGUCUACUAGUGGAAUUGAGGAUUUAUUUAGUGAUUUACCUCCAUUAACAACCAACCAAGUCCCAGAGAAGCCUCAAAAAGAUGUUAAAAAUGAUAUUAUGAGCCUCUUUGAAAAGUCCAAUAUGGUGUCACCUUUCGCUAUGCAUCAACAACAACUAGCUAUGCUAGCACAGCAACAGUCCCUUCUCAUGGCUGCUGCAGCUAAAUCUGCUCCUGGAAAUGCUCAACAGCCUCCAUCUAACGGCACAAACAUACCCUCUCAAGCUUGGCCAAACAGUGGCUACCAAUUCCCUGGAAUGAUGAUGCCCGUUGCUGGGCAGGCUGAUCUGCAGAAACUUAUGCAGGCUAUGAAUAUGGGACAGACACAAAUGGCGAACUCAUCUGCAUAUCCAUCAUCCAGCUUUUAUGGAUUGGGACAAGUUGCCCCAUCAAAUGGUGUUGCAACGACCGGAGCAAGCAAGCCUCAAUCAGCUUCCCCAGCUCCGUCCUCAAAUCCUUCGCAAACAGGUAAGGAUUACGAUUUUUCAUCAUUGACGCAAGGGAUGUUCACAAAACACUGAUUCAGGUCUGGUUUCCGAUGACCAAUGGCUUUGUCAUAAUUACUAUACCCAAAAAGUUAUUUUCACAGGAAUUUAGAGCUUUGGAAGGGUUUUUACAGGGAAUUUGAUUGUAAACCAUGUGUAGAUGCAGUUUCAGUUAUUUUUUUUGUUUUUCUUUUCAUAUUUGAGUGAUGUAUGAGUAGAUUUAUAUGCCAAUACUUUAAUAAAAGAUAGUUUAGGUUGAAUUGGAUUAAA